AACAGUUGGCCCAAGUGGUAAGUUUGGGCCCAACUUUUAAAAAACUUUCUAGAUAUAUUGGUCCACCCUAAACAAAUCCUCUCGUCGCUCCGAUUCGACAAUUCCCCCUUCUUCUACAUCGAAUCCGAAUCCAGAAUCAGCAAAGUAGGAGAAGAUGAGUGGAGCAGCUGUAGGAGAGAGGGGCUCAACUACUACUAAAACACCUGCUGAUUUUCUAAAGUCAAUCCGUGGACGGCCCGUGGUCGUCAAAUUGAACUCGGGUGUUGAUUAUAGAGGUAUUUUAGCUUGUUUAGAUGGAUACAUGAACAUUGCCAUGGAACAAACAGAGGAAUAUGUUAAUGGACAACUGAAGAACAAAUAUGGGGAUGCCUUCAUACGGGGCAAUAAUGUACUCUACAUCAGCACAACGAAGAGGACCUUGGCUGAUGGGGCUUAGCUGGUGCUCGACUCACAAGUUUUUAAAUCAGGGUGGUACAAGAACAUGUGUAAGCUCCUAAUUGUGAAUCUCAAGAUGCUUCUAAUGUUUUUUAGCAGAAUUUGAGAAUUUUGGAUGAAACAAAUACCCCCUUUUGGUAUGCAUCUGUAGUUUAAUUCACGGAGUUUGGAUGAAACAAACCCCCUUUUUCAUUAAAUUGGGGAACAUCUCAAGUUAAUGAGUGCUUGGUUUAGAUGAUCUAUUGAAGUAAAUGGAAUCAAAUGCAAUAACCCUU